AUGUUAUUAAGUAUAAAAAAUAUUUUGUGGAUAUACUCUACAUUGGUUGUAAUACAUGCUGUACGUGAAGUCAAAAUGGAGAAAAGUCCUCCUGUAAAGGGAUUCCUUUCUGGAAAAGUCAUUUUACCUUGUCACUUUUCAACUAUGCCCACCUUACCACCCAGUUACAAUUCCACAAGUGAAUUUCUUCGUAUCAAGUGGUCGAAGAUUGAAGAGGAUAAAAGUGGAAAAGAUUUGAAAGAAACUACUGUCCUUGUGGCCCAAAAUGGGAAUAUCAAGAUUGGUCAGGGCUACAAAGGAAGAGUGUCAGUGCCUACCCAUCCAGAGGAUGUAGGAGAUGCUUCACUUACCAUGGUCAAAUUGCUUGCAAGUGAUGCAGGUCUUUACCGCUGUGAUGUCAUGUAUGGAAUUGAAGAUACACAAGACACUGUGCCAUUGGCAGUGGAAGGUGUUGUUUUUCAUUAUCGAGCUGCAACCAGCAGGUAUACUCUGAAUUUUGAAAAGGCUCAGCAAGCUUGCUUGGAAAAUGGUGCUGUAAUAGCAAACCCUGAACAAUUAAAAGCUGCAUAUGAAGAUGGAUUCGAGCAAUGUGAUGCAGGCUGGUUGUCUGACCAAACUGUGAGAUAUCCUAUCAGAGCACCCCGAGCUGGUUGUUAUGGAGAUAUGAUGGGAAAAGAAGGAGUCAGAACAUAUGGUUUUCGUGCUCCUCAUGAAACUUAUGACGUAUAUUGUUAUGUGGAUCAUUUAGAAGGGGAUGUGUUCCAUGUCACGGGUCCCAACAAACUCACCUUUGAAGAGGCUAAAGAAGAGUGUGCCAGUCAGGAUGCCCGACUUGCUACCGUGGGGGAGUUACAUGCUGCCUGGAGAAAUGGAUAUGACAAAUGUGAUUAUGGCUGGCUGUCAGAUGCCAGUGUGCGCCACCCUGUGACUGUGGCCAGGGCCCAGUGUGGAGGUGGCUUACUUGGGGUGAGAACCCUGUAUCGUUUUGAGAACCAGACAGGCUUCCCUUUACCUGAUAGCAAAUUUGAUGCCUACUGCUAUAAAACUAAACAGAACAUAUCAGAAUCUACAACCAUCCCAUUGAAUAUCUCUGUGGAAACAGCAUCACCCAAUAUGUCCAAGGAACCACAAAUAAUACCAAUCCAAGCUACAUCCAGUAUCCCUUUAAUCACCGAAUUACCUGUCACUCAAUCAAAUAUCCCUCCUAUUGGGGAAAUAGUGAAUAUUGAACAAAAAGUUAUAUUUCUACCACCUGGAGUGAGUGAGGAAAAAUUUGAAAAGGUCACAAUUCAACCUGAAGGUUCCAUAGGCAGCUCAACAGCUGGGAGUACAGAAAGGGUAUGGGAUGUGGAAUAUAUGCCAUCUGCAUCAGGACCACUUGAGAAACCAGAUACAUCUGAAAGUGAAGAAGGAGUUAGUUUAUUGCCAUCAAGUUCUUUGGAGAAUGGAGUAUUCCAACAAGAAACUGCCACCCCUCCUCGUGCCACUGAUUUGUGGGAAAGAAUCACAGAAGAUACUCAUACACAAGAAGUGAUUACCCAAACAGAAGAAAUUGAAGUGGGGCCCUUGGUAACACAUGUAGAAACUUCAGAGGACUCUCCAGUGAAGGAGUCCUUUACACUUGGGACUCUGGAUGUAUCCACAGAAAUGGGAACUAAAACUGAAAAAGAACCAACGAGUAUUUCUGGAUUAGGUCCUACAGAUCUCUAUGAAUUCACUCUAAGAGAAGAUGAAGAAAAACAUACUAUUAAACCUGAUCAGAACAUAUUUGCUUUUAGCCAAAUUCCAGAAGUUGUUACAGUGUCAAAGAUCUCAGAAGAGAGUAACCUCACUAUGACGGAGCACACCGAUUCUCUAACAACAGUCACAGUAACCUUACCUGUAAGCAUGCCUACCAAGGAAGGGUCUUUCAUAGACAGUGUGGAAGAGACACAAACCAGUAGCAAGAUAAUCGAAGACUUUUCUGGUCAUGGCUCCACACCUUUGCCAUUAGAAAAUCACACAGAAGUCAAAAUUUUUACUUCCUCCCAAGAUCUUACUUCACCACAAGGUUUAGUUGAGGGAACUUCCACACGCAUUUAUCUUGAUCAACAAAUAGAAAGCCUAGAAAGGGAACAAACACUUAAGCCAGAAGCAACUACAAUUCAUCAUACUACUGCUGAAACAGAGAAAGACAUGUCCAAAGAUCCACUUUAUGGGAGAACAGAAGAAGAAGAAUUCUCUGGAAUGAAGCCUUCUCUUGAGAAAACUGAUAUCACAGGAUACACUGAUGAAAUGACUAAUUAUGUUGAUGCUUUUGUAACAACAACAAUCACAACAAAGAUAAGUUCAGAGUCAACAAAAGCAAAAGAUGUUGAAGAGUUUCUAAGUACACCAGUCAGCUUAGAAACUGAUGGCCCUCUUGAUACAACAAAGAUGGAAGAAAAUACAACCAAAGUUCAUUCCACAAGCAGCACUUUAAAUCUAGAAGUUAUCACAGUAUCUAAAUGGCCACUGGUUGAAGAUAACAUGACAUCCAAGCCUUUGACAUCUACAGAACAUGUAGACACUACAGCAUUGCCCACUGCCUUAUUUACAACUGCAGAAGUAAGUGAAAAACAUUUUGACGCUGGAAGAACUUUUCCCCUUACAACAGAUAUUACUCAAAGACCAGGAAUGGAGUUCACAGAAGAAUCCUGGAAAGACAAAGAGGAAUUCACAGUGAGUUCUCAAUCAACUCCUAAAACAGGUAUUAAAGAAGAACCAACUGCUAAAUAUUCUCCCACGGAUACAAUCAUGGAAGGGAGUGCUAUUGAUGAAGGGCUAGAUUUGGACACACCACAAUCAGUAACUACUGUCUAUCAAUUUGCACAAACUGUACAUGGGGAAGGAACAGAAUUUAAUUAUAGUAGUAGCACCCAGGAGCCUCCUGCUCAUGUAGAAGCUGCACAAACAGUGUCUUUAAUUCCUUCUGUUUCAUCAGAAGGUAAAGUCACCGAAGAUGUGCAUUUGGUUGAUCAGACCUCUUUUGAAGCAACUCCUUCUCUAGAGACCAUUCAUACAAUAAGCACAAGUACACAAAUAACUCCAGUUGAGUUCCCUGUUUCUGAGAAAGAACAACCUAGUGAACAUCCAGAGUUUACCACUGACUUUGUGGCUACCACUUCUUCAGAGGUACUGAUAACUUCACAAACAAAAGACACAGAUGAACAUGACCUUGAAGGAUCAGCAUAUCCAACCUCUGAAGAUGGGUUGGUGACAGAUUCUAAGCAUGUUCCAGUCUUUAAAACUACUAUUGGAACAACAGAACACAGUAUAUCUUAUCCACAUUAUGUUUCUGUGACUGAACAUAAAGUGAAAACUGAAGUGGAAACAGUGACCCUCCGCACUAUACCAGAAGGACUCGAACAAGAAGCUGAAAGAAGAGAUAGUAGUCCUAUGUGGGAAUCCAGAUCAACUUUGCGCCCAUUCACUAUAGAAGGCAUACUUCAGGGCACAGAGGAAACAAUUUUUGAGAAAAAAGAGGAAACAUCCCAAGAUUAUACAGAGAUUGGCUCAGGAUUAUUGGAAGAACCCAAAGGCACUGAAACAGUAGUGCCCAUUGCAGUUGCAACAACGAAAACCACAGUGCCACAUGAUAUGACUACUCUCUUUAGUUCACUAGACAAAAUUCAUUCCACUUCAACCUCUGAGUCCUUUGUCACCAAAGAAAAACCUCCGAUAAUUGAUAGGGAACCUGGUGAGGAAACAACCAGUGACAUGGUAAUUAUUGGUGAAUCAACAUAUCAUGUAACACCCACCCCUCCUGAUGACAUGGUAACUAAAGAAUUAGAAACAGAUAUUGAUAGAGAAUAUUUUACAACCUCAAGUGCUUCUUCCAUUGCACAGACAACAAGACAACCCACAACCGAGGAAGGCAAAGAUGCUUUAGGAUCUCAGGAAGUUUCUACUUCAGAGCCUCAGGCCAGGGAAACAAUCCAUCCUGAUAUAAAUGUAUAUAUUAUUACAGUCACAGGCAACAAGACAGGUCGAAUGAGUGAUUUGAGUAUAAUUGGUCAUCCAAUAGAUUCAAACUCAAAAGAAGAUGAACCUUGCAGUGAAGAAACGGAUGAUCAAACUGACUUUCUUACACUUUUACCUGACUUCAUUGAACUAGAACCAUAUUUUGUAGAUGAAGAAGAUGAUGACUGUGAAAAUUCUACUGAAGUGACAACAACUCCAUCUGUGCAGUAUAUAAAUGGAAAACAUCUCGUCACUACUAUUCCCAAAGACCCAGAAACUGCAGAGGCCAGGAGAGGGCAGUUUGAAAGUGUUGCACCCUCUCCAAAUUUUUCACACGGUAGUGAAACUAACCCUUUUGAGUUAUCUGAAAUGGAAUCUUCCACUAUAUUGCAAUCAAGUGAAUCUAAAGAAACACUCGAGUCUUUUGAAAUUACAUGGAAGCCAGACACAUAUCGUGAAACACCAGAACCUUUUUCAGGUGGAGAAUCAGAUGUUUUCCCUACAGACCAACAGAGCGGGGCAACUGCUUUACAUAGGACAGGGUCACUGGAAGUGGUUGAGCCAGUCACACAGAAUGGUCCUGAACUUUUUAACCAUUCAGAUGAAAACAAUGAAACAGCACCUUCAUUUCCUGAAGAGUCUUCAGGUGAAGCUCUUGUCAACCAGGAGACUCAGGGAGCAGUCUUACCAAAAACUACAGAAGUAGCUUUUAAAGAAGUGGUUGGACAUGAUUCCAUGAUCACAUCUGCUCCCAUGACUGCUCCUGGUUCAGUAUCAGUGGACAUCUUGCCAGAAGAGAGAUCAUUUGUUCUUACAGGAAAUCAGCAGGCUAGUACAAUUUCUACAGUAGAAAGCUGGGAAGAUACAACCUCCAGAAACACUACUGAAUUUUUAGGAAAUCCUCCUUUGGUUCUCAUUCCAGAAGGUUCUGGAUUUUUAGAAGAAGACAGUAACCAAACUUCUACAGUAGUAGCCAGCCUAUUACAGCACACACUCACAGUUGAGAUGCCAUCAAAAAGUGUUCCCUUAAAUACCAGCAAGGUCAUCCCCACAGAAAGUAAUUUAGGUGUUUCUUCAAGUGUUAGUUAUCCAGUUUGGGAAGAGAGUUCUGUAGAAAUACUGGCCACCAAAUUUGAAACUCAAACUGAGGUUCCCAAAUCAACAUCAACAUCAGCAAGCAGCAUCAGCAUAUCUGCUGAUGAAAAGAAUCUAGGUGAUGAAAGAGAGACCACAGGGGUCCUGGCUACAUCUAUGAAAGUAUCAUCCACACAAUCCACUAUGGAACAGUUAAUUUUCAUUUCUGAAAUAAAAAAUUCUGAUGAUGUUCAGCCUACAAAUCCUGAUUCCACCACCAUUGAAAACAGAUCCACAGAAUUUGAGAACAUAGUUAAAUCUGACCAUAUCCCCAAAGAACCCCUGUUCUCAAAUAAGUCUGAGGAAGAAUACAUAAAUGAGAGCAGUACUAUUCAACACAAAGUCCCAGAAAGUCCUACUACUGUGGGAGUUAGCUCUCAUUCCUUCCUUCUUGAGGAAGGUUCUGGAGAAGUUGGUUCUGCUAUGGAACUUACAACUGAAUCAUUAGCUUCAUUAAUUUUGAAGGUGACUAAUGGUAAUGAAGUGCGAACUGAAUAUGAAGUAAAGGAAAUGACUGGUACUGUACCAACUCAUAUAGCAUAUUCUGUGACUUUUGAGCCAACUGAAGUUCUGAGUUCUGCCACAGAUGUAUCAGACAUUGGAAUUGUAAAUCAAAUGCCCAGGGGAAAUUUAAGCACAGAGAAAUCGCAAGAAGUAAGUGACUUCCUCACAGACUCUCCGUUAAAAGAAGUUGUGACUCCUGAAUCUAGAGACUAUUCAACAGUAGUUCAUCUUCUAAAUGUAGAGGAAACAGCAGCAGUAGAAGGUUGGGGAAAAACAUUCAUGGAGUCUGGAAUAAUAAUACCUUUUGCAACAACUAUUUCAGCUAGAUCACAAUCAGGAACUGAUUCUGAAGGGUCUGGGGGCACAAAGGUUAGCUUACCAGCUCACCUCCCAGGAAAAUUUCCACUUAUGACUGAGGGCUCAGGAGAAGAACCAACUAAAAUAAGCAGUUCUAUUGAUCAUAUAUCUUCAAUUACCACAGAAAAAACAUCCAGUACUGAUUUCCCAUUUGCUUAUUCAGGUUCUGGAGAUGUGGACUUUAUCACCCAAACUGAAGUAAGACAUAUUCCUUCCCCGCAGUUAAUUCCUGAACAUACUCAAGCAACAAUAGGGGAAGCUGAAGAAGAGAUUAACAGUACGGAUUCUAUGACUCAUUCUGUUAUAGUGCCACCUAUCAAUUUAACAGUAAGUACCAGGCAUGAAGUCAACAUAGCCAGAUUAGGAAUUGAAAGUAAAGUAUCCAUAGAAGAAAAGAUGGCAGAACAAAAACCUUUUGAAUCAGAAAAAAACACUGUUGCAACACAAGUAAUUUCUGAUACUGAAAUAUUUGCUGAAAGUGAACCAAAAACCACAGACUAUUCCAUUCUAACAACAAAGGAGACUUUGAUUGGAAGUAAGGAACCAAGGCCCACAGAUGGAGACAUUUCUUUUGUUAGCACAAUUGUUCCAAAUUUAGAAGAAAAGGCUUUGGGCAUCUUUGUUCCUCCUACAGAGGCUACCAAAGAAUCACCUUCUUCCUCUAAUGGUAUCUCAGUGACCGAAUCCCAAAUAUCUGAAAGCACAGGUAUAAAUCCAGCAAUCGAAGAAGAAGAAAAUACAAAACAAAGUAUUCUCCUUGUUGAAAACGAUCAUAUAGAAAACAAUGGUCCUGAAGGUGCAAGGCCAACUGUUCAAGAGUUCCAUACUGAGGCAGUAUUUUCUGGAGAAGGAUCAGGGGGUGAAGUUUUUCCUAGUCAGUCUACAGACCCUUUCAGUUUCAUUAGGACAGAGGAAAGCACCAGGAUGUUAACUCCUGACACACAUCAGCCUGGAAGUUCAGAAUCAAGUUUAGAACCUGGAAAAACUGAAGAGCAAGAAGAAAAGUUCAGUGGAAUACAUGAAGAAGUUAGAUACUAUGGUUCUCAAACAAAUAAUGCUUCAGAAAUAAGUCACACAAUAGCCAGUACAUUAUUUGAAAGUUCUGGGAAUAAUGGUGAUGAGGAACCUAUUUUAUCACCAGUUACUCACUCCUUAAAAGUGGAAGAUUCUGAAAAUCAAAUAUUCAAUGAGAUAGAAGAAACUCAGACCAGUAAGCAACCAAACAUCACUGAAAAAUUAUCUCAAGAAAAUUCUUCCCAGUCAGAAAGUAGAGGAGUAACUUCUUCUACCCUAUUUUUCACUAAACCUUCAAGUCUUGAAACUGCUGAUGUAUUUGUAACUUCAGCACCCCAAAUUUCUGAUCAGUCUUAUGAAAACUCCGGGGAAGGAUCUGGGUGGUUAGGUGGGGCAGAUUCAGUUCAUGCUAGUACAGUUGCUCAGAGAGCAGUAGUAGUCACCACAGUAGUUCCAAAUAGCCACGAGGUAAAAUAUUCUGAGUUUCCAAAUAUAGAAGCUUUGGCUACAAAUGAAUCACCAACAAGGGUAUUACCAACUCAAACAGAACAAAAUAAAAAUUUCCAAAACUUACCUGGCACCCAGCCUAAUCUAAUGGCAUUUGAAAGUUCCACAAGCCACUCCUUAGAUGGUUCCAAGGAGUUUGAAGUCAUCACUUUGACACCUGAAACAAGAAAAUUUACAGAAAACAUUAUUUUAGACAAAGAAGACAGUGAUUUAAUAUUGCCUACUACCAAGAGCACAACUUUUGAAAUACUACCUGAAAUUACAACUGACAAAAACAUUAUCAUAGAUAUAGAUCACACUAAAACAGUAUAUGAAGACAUAUUAAGAGGGCAAACAGAAACAGAUCCAGAGCUACAAUCAGGUCCAUAUGGAAGUAAUGAAGAAAAUAUUCAACUCGAAGAGAAAGAAGCUACAGCAUUUAAUCUUUCUUUCACUGAAGAAAAAAUGGAAGGAUCUGGCGAUAAUCUUUGGCCUGGCCCCACUCAGGUAAUAAGCAAUGAGUCAGCAGCUUCUGAAGAUGAAAUCAGAUUAGGCCAGAACUAUAUCUCAAGGAAUAGUAUACACUUCACAACUGGAAUCCCUAUUCCUAGCAUGGCAGCUGAACCAGGUGUUUCACUCCCCACAGCAUCAUCCUUGGCCAUUCCUAGUAUGUUUUCCACAAUCAGUCAAGACAUGAAAGAACAAAACUUUGAAGCCAAAUAUGUUGCUACUGAAAGUACCUUGGAUGAUCUCUUUGAAUCAAGCACAUUGUCAGAUGGACAACCAAUUGCUGAUCAAAGUGAAGAAAUCUCCACUUUAAGUUAUUUGGAAGGAACACAGUCUGAGGAUAAUGGGAAGAAAUUUAUGAGUUCUUCUUUCAAACCAGAGACAUCUUCUGGGGCAGAAGAAGUGAUCAGUGAUACAGUGGAUGUAAAUAUUGCUCACAUCAAAUUAAUUGCUCAGGAUUUGACUCCUGAGGUGAUCGAAGGAUCAAAUCCCACAGAGUACAUUGAAACAUCAGAUGCAGCAUCUGCAGAAUUGUAUUCUCAAACUCCUUCAACUGGAGCAACUGUUCAUUUAGUUAAUAGUGUAUCUGAAUUCCCUAAAGUAAUCACCCCAAGUUCUGCUUCAGAUACAGAUUCAGAUGUGCACCAAAUUUCACACGAACAGACUUUUAGAGAAGUUAAUUCAAAUGCUGAAGCAACUUUCAAGCCACCAGCUGAAGUAAAAUCUCAGGGAAUUGAUUUUCCAUUCUUGGCUUCCCCUGACACUCAUUUAGCAGUGGAGGAGACAGAGACGUCUGCCACAGAGGUUUUAGUUGCUAAGGGAGAAACCAUGGCUCCCGAAUAUUCUCAAAUUUAUACUGAUCAGAUAUUUUCUGGAGAAACAAUCAAAACAUCUCCAGGGAUUAACCCAGCCAAAGAUGAAACAUUUCCAGAAGCUGCAGGUGAAAAUGAUUUAGAAGAUGCUUUUCAGGGACCGCUUUCUAUUCCUACUUCUCCCAACUAUGGUGUUGUAGGAGAUGUUCUAUUGCAAUCUGGUCCACAAACCACUGAAAACCCAACUACACCUUUCACAUCCAUAGAAAUAAGCACUGAAACACAAUCAGUUUACAAUGGAGUAGGAAGUAAUCAGACACCUGCAAGAACUCCUGAUUCUGAUGAUCAGGCAAUGAUAAGCACUGAGGAAUUAAAUACCGAGCAUAUAACCUCAUCAUUUCUCCUUCUGGAAACUUCUAAUGGAACGGAUUUCCUGAUUGGCACUAAUGAAGAUUCAGUAGAAGGCACAGCUGUAUAUUUAUCAGGGCGUGAUCUUUGCAAAACUAAUCCGUGCCUUAAUGGAGGCACCUGUUAUACCAGAGAUACUACUUAUGUAUGCACCUGUGUACCAGGAUACAGUGGAGACCAGUGUGAAUUUGAUUUUGAUGAGUGCCAAUCCAAUCCCUGCCGGAAUGGAGCUACCUGUGUUGAUGGUUUUAAUACAUUCACUUGUCUCUGCCUUCCAAGCUAUGUUGGUGCUCUUUGUGAACAAGACACAGAGACAUGUGAUUAUGGCUGGCACAAAUUCCAAGGUCAGUGCUACAAAUAUUUUGCCCAUCGUCGAACAUGGGAUGCUGCUGAAAGAGAGUGUCGGCUGCAAGGUGCCCAUCUGACUAGUAUUCUGUCCCAUGAAGAACAACUAUUUGUGAACCGUGUGGGCCAUGAUUAUCAAUGGAUAGGCCUCAAUGAUAAGAUGUUUGAGCAUGACUUCCGUUGGACCGAUGGCAGCUCACUGCAAUAUGAGAAUUGGAGGCCAAAUCAGCCAGACAGCUUUUUUUCUUCUGGAGAAGACUGUGUAGUGAUAAUUUGGCAUGAGAAUGGUCAGUGGAAUGAUGUCCCAUGCAAUUACCAUCUCACUUAUACCUGCAAGAAAGGAACAGUUGCUUGCGGCCAGCCCCCUGUUGUAGAAAAUGCCAAGACCUUUGGAAAGAUGAAACCUCGUUAUGAAAUCAACUCUAUGAUUAGAUACCACUGCAAAGAUGGUUUCAUUCAACGCCACCUUCCAACUAUCCGGUGUCUAGGAAAUGGAAGAUGGGCUUUGCCUAAAAUUACCUGCCAGAACCCAUCCUCAUACCAAAGGACUUAUUCUAAGAAACAUUUAAAAAAUUCCUCAUCAGCCAAGGACAAUUCAAUAAAUUCACCGAAACACUAUCAUCGCUGGAGCAGGAGGUGGCAGGACUCAAGGCGCUGAUCCCUCAAAUGGUGAACGUGGAUUUUCAUCAUUUCAGCCAAAGUCCUAACUUACUGUGCCUUUCCUAUCACUUUUAGAAGUAUUAUCAGAUUGUUUUGAAAUUUUGGAUCAGCAUCCACUAACUUUGGGCCAUGAUGCCCACAAAACAUUUCAAAUGAAAGUAUUGAAGUUUAACAGGAAAGUUUUUUAAAAGGGACAAAAAGAGAAAAAAAAAAGAAAAAUGAGGUAAGGAAAAAAAAAAAACUAUUUCCAGCCUAUUCAAUUUCUUUAGUUUUUUAUAUGCCUCCAGUGGGGACCAUUUUAUAAUGUAUGCCAGCCUAUUGUACUAUUUAAACAGCUCAAUUUCAGCACCAAUGACAAUGUAAAUAAGAUGAUUUAAUGUUGUUUUUAAUCUUGUAUAUAAAAUGCAAAGUCACAUUAAGUUCAGGCAUAUUUAAUGAUGAUUAUAUGGCCUCAGAGGCCUUUAAUCAUUGAUUCAGCUGCUUUUAUGUAGUUUGUUUAGGCUGGAAAUAGUUUCAAUUAUCCUGUACAUGUCAACAAGACUGAGAAUGGCUCUUACUGGACACAGCUAAGCAAGCUUGUAGGAUGCUGCACCACUGCGCGAUAGGUGCAGUUUGCUUCCCUGUGAAGCUAGGACAGUAGUACAUGAAGUGGAAUCAAGGCUCAACUAGGGACUGCAACAUGGAACAUUUUUUGACUGCAUUCUAUCUUCAUUAUUCAACAAGAAAGGACUACAGAAAGGACUUUCCUAUGGCCAAGAGCAUCUUUAGGGGUCAAAGUGCUAAUUAUUAACUCAUCCAGGUUCACUUUCUAAUGAUUUUCACAACACUAACUAGUUUUCAGUUACAGAUUUCUGCAUUUCAAAUGGAUACAGACCUGAGUCUUUUUUAAGGUUAAAAACAGCAGCAACAGCAUCAAUGACACACAACACAGAAAUAAUUUUGUACAUAUAACCAUUUUUAAUCUUUUUUAAAGUUAUGAAUGUUUAUGUAUGAAUGCUGCAGCUGUGAUGCAUACAUAAAUAAAUGAAGUAAGCCAUACGGAUUUAAUUUAUUGGAUGUUAUUUUUCCCCAUGAUCAGAAAAUUGUCCUAGUUUAGUGGUUACUUUUCAGUGUUAGUCCCUACAUUUCCCUCAUUCAAUUUGGUUCUGUGUAAUGUAUGUGCUUUGUCCCUGACAAAAUAAUGUGAUGAAUACAGUGCAUCAUUUGUUUAUUAUGAAAAGAGUGAAAAAUGUGUAUAGCUUUCAGAAGAUGGUAUUGUCCCAGUCAAAGCGAAAAGAGUAUACUUGGAAAUAGUGUAGGCAAUUCUUCAUGUUAGAUGGAGUGAGCAUAGGACUUCUUCCCUUAUCCUUCCCCUUUCAGUCCACUCCCUUUUGUCUGGGUAGUUAACUGCUGAAGGUGACUUAGAAACAUCACCCACUAAAUGUAACCUUAAAAAAAACCACCCUGUAAUAGAAAGAAGGCAAUGGGAUCUUCUCCUCCUUUAGAGUACAAAGACUGCAAGUAGAAGAGAGAACAAAUAUGAAAUUGAAGUAGGACAGUAAUUCAAACAGAUGACCUCUCAUUCAAGUACACCUGCCAAGGCUUACAAGAAGGUACAGUGGCUACAAUAAUACAUCAUCUUUAAGGAAUUCCCACUGGCUGCUGCACUCAAUGUAAUCAUAUUUUUGGGUGUUCUAAAAGGCAAUACAAUCAGUGUUGACCUGUAUGUUUUCUUUUCUCUUCCAUUACAAUGCACAUAAUACUUUCCUAUAUUUAUAUUAUAACUUGUAUAGUGUAUAAUGUGAAUGUCUGUUUUUUUGUGAAUGAAAAUCUAAAAUCUUUGUAACUUUUAUAUCUACUUUUGUUUCACCAAAGAAACCUAAAAAUCUUGUUUUGCUA